GUCAGAGAACACGAAUGAUGAAGAGGGCGUAUGGUACGAUGUUAUGUGGGGCUGCAGAUGCACAGUAAAGAGAGGUGGAGAAAUGCAAAAGAAGGGCACAGUGGGUGCAAAGAGGCAGAGACACAAUAGUAGGUGAGCUUGAGCAGACCUCUGUCCAGCCACUGUUACGAGACACUUGACACAUUGUACAAGUGACAUGGCCACCAUGCUACCCUGGAGGAUGAUCGCUGUUGGUCUUUUUUACUGCUAUAUCAAAGCAGGUGUCACACAAUGUCGGACUAAAGCCCUGUUCCCAGCUGCAAGCAGAAUAAAAAGAGGGGUAGCACAUGGGGUGAACCCUUCUUUCCACAACUCCUUUGAUGAUGUUCAUCUACUAUUUGAGAUCCUACUGGCGGGCGUACACUUUGAUGCCAACGGAGAGUUUUCAGUGAAAGAUGCCGAGCUGGCUUCCCUCCGCAAGACACGAAACCUGGAGGUCAUCUGUGAGGAGACUGUUCCCCGGAAGCUAACAGACAUUUUCAGGCUCAUCUCUGGCCUUUCAAAUCGUAUCGGUCGGCUGCAUCAGGAGGAUUUCGAGCGCACUUUGCUGACCUUGGUAUACAUUGCCCAGCAGAUGGUCAACGCCACUACUGAGCAUCAACGAGAUGUAUGGGCGGAGUCUUUUGUUAGCUUGUACAAAGCCGUCAAGCAGGAUCUGACAGGGACAAACUGAACGGACACAGGUACUGGUACACAGAUUAAUAGUUUAUAAUGCAUAUAAGAAAAAAUAUCCAUUGAGAUCAGUGGAUAGUCCUGGUUUGUGCUUUGAAGAAAUAUCAUCUUUUGUACGAUGACGGCUACGUAUAGGGAGCCUGAGAGAAAAGUCCUGUCAGAAAAUGUCGCCACAAAUUGGUAAAGUGCAUGGACUGGUAAUGAAAUGAUAUUUAAAAUAUUGAUUGUCACAGCAAAAGUUGAUUCAAACAUGAGGUACUGUAUAAACAUGAAAUAUGCAAUGGAUCUAUAGGUUGAAUGUGGUAUUGAACAUCAUGGAUUUACUUACAUUCACGUCUUUUCAGUGUUU